AUGAGGAAGCGCGAGAGGGAGAACCCGUGCGGGGUCUGCGGGCACUACCACAAGUGCGAGGAAGGGGAGAUAUGCGGGGUCUGCGGCCACAGGCCGGCCGCGGCGGACGCGGUGGCCCCGGCGAGGGUCGACUCCGCCUUCCCCUCCGAGGUGCUCAAGGGCUUCCUCUUCCUCGGCAGCUACGACAACGCCUCCCGCUCCGAGGUCCUGAAGACGCUCAACAUCACCCACAUCCUCAACGUGCGUAAUGUGCCCCGCCCCUUCUCCCGAGCCCCCUUCCUCCUCAGUUUCGAUCGUCUCCGCGCCGUGAGGUCGGAGAAGUGUGGUGGCGUGGAUCCGCGAUGCCCUUUUGCGCGACAUUCGUUUCUGUGGGGUUUUGCCCCAGGGUUUGGUGACUCGAAUUGGCUGUAUGUGUUCGUAUUUUUUACACCUUACAAAUAUGUUUUCCACCAUCAACCAUUCAUCAUGCUAGCAGGAAACAUGGAGAGGUCAGCUGCUGUGGUUACAGCCUUCUUGAUGAAGUCUAGAGGGUGGAGACUUGCACCGUCUCUCCAGUGGGUAAAAGAUCGACGGCCACAGGUCCAAAUAACAGAAGCUUCUCAGUGUCAGCUUGUUGAGUAUGAACAGAAGCUCUUUGGACCCAGUGCUGGCUCGCCAGCUCAGACCACGGUCCUAACCGACUCAUUUCCUUCACUUGGAUUUGGUUUCCCACAACCAUCAGGUGACAUCCAAGUGCCUGCGUUCAUCCAGACUCCUGUGCCAUCCAUUUUCGAGCGAGCCGGCCCAAACAAUGUUCCCAGUAACUUCACUUUCGGAGCCGAGGGUUCAAUGGGAGUCGGAGUCGGCCCUGCCGCAGGGAUCAGCAAUGGCGCAGUCACCCCAGCUUCGACGGAUAACCAGAUGGACAGCUCUUAA